UACGGCAUGAGUACAGCGUGUCAGAGUGAGUCAGGGCGAGUCUCCCGCAGACGUCGAGCAGGAUGAGAGCAGCAUCAAGAAGACAAGACGUCUUAUUCUUUCUUCUACAGAAGUGACUCAUGCGUGACAGCUGAGAUCGAGACGCACAUAUUACAAGGAGAUUCAGGGUCCGGUUGACGUCGGUUCCACAAAGAAAUCAAUUAAAAAAAAAAUGCAUCCUCAGCCACGCCGUGACCCCUCCAUGUCAGGGAAAGAGCGCAGCCCCCGUCACAGGCCGUGGUCAGUGUACCGGGCCAACACGUUUGAUCUCUCAGCGGAGAUGAUGGGGCUGGCCCUGUCAGGAAACAGUCAGGAUCCAGAUGAACCUGUCUUAGAGUUCAGUUUGGUCUGCAGUGAGCUGGUCACAGCUACUGUGGACCGUAAACCCAGCAGCUUUGUGGCUGUGAGUUGCACCACACCCCCUCAGGCCUUCUGGACCAAACACUCUCAAACUGAAAUCAUUGAGGGCACCAGUAACCCCAUCUUCUUGAGCAGCGUGGCCUUCUUUCAGGACUCUCUGAUCACGCAGCAGACCCAGGUCAAGCUGUCGGUUUAUGAUGUUAAGGAUCGCUCCCAGGGCACGAUGUACAUGCUAGGCUCGGCCAUGUUUUCCUUGAAGGAGCUCCUGCAAGACAAACACCACCGCCUGCACCUGACUCUUAGGUCGGCUGAAAACGAGAGCGUGGGAAACAUCACGGUGAUCGCUUGGCAGAUUGAGGAGAAACGUGAGCAGAGAGCUCCCAUUGCAAGACUACAGCGAGGAGACACCAUUAAUGGAAGGAUGGUUCUUCCUGUGGAUGAAAGUUUAACUGAAUCCAAAGGCAUCAAGUCCAAGUCUUCGUCAUUGUGUAAAGACCCCCUGCUGAAGGCUGUCUUUGGGGGAGUCAUGUCGCAGACUUAUCGUUUCCCCAUCACGGACGGCAACCAUCUUCGGGUUCUGGAGCAGAUGGCUGAGAGCGUCCUGUCGCUGCAUAUCCCUCGACAGUUUGUCAAGCUGUUGCUGGAGGAAGACGCCGUCAGGGUGUGUGAGCUGGAAGAACUGGGUGAGCUGUCUCCAUGCUGGGAGAACCUCCGAAGGCAAAUCAUAACACAGUACCAGACCAUCAUCCUCACCUACCAGGAGACCAUUAGUGACCUGCAUGAGUACAAAGGUCCUUCGUUUAAAUCUAGCACACUAAAAGCGGAGAGAAAGUUGGAGUUUAUCCCGACAAACCUGCACAUACAGAGAAUGAGAGUUCAAGGAGAGACCGGCUACGACCACACGUACGACGUGGUGACCAUUGGUGCUCCUGCAGCACAUCAUCAAGGCUUUAAAGGCUGCGGCCUCCGCAAACUGCUGCACAAUCUUGAAGAAGCCAGAAAGCACACUUACGAGGAGGAGAGCUCUGCAGGAUCGAGAGCAAUGGUGUACCAGCCGCAGGAUGUGGUCAGAGCGAAGGAGCUGAUUGGACAAAUUAAUACGCUAAAGACGCAAGUGUGCUACUACAUCGAGCGGCUGGCUCGAGCGGCCAAGGAGCGCUCGGCUAACGCUCUGGAGAGAACCUUGGCCAUACUCAAAGAGAAGACUCGUCAGUUAGUGAGCGUGUGCGACUCCAAGCUCUUAUCCUCCGCCAUCAUCGCCCUGGCUGCUGCCCGCCCGGAUCCCGCCCUGCAAGGCACACCGUCCCCGUCCUCUUCCUCCCGCUCGCCAUCCCGUUCGCCCUCCCACCACCCGACGUCCCCGUUGCGAGCCGCAAUCUCGCCUUCCCGCCACGCCACUCCCCCUGAGUAUGCCGAAGGGAGUAAAAGCAAGCGUGCCUCCCUGCAGGCCGACUUACAUGAAGAGGAGUGGAAAAAGGUGUGGCUAAAUGUCGACAAGAGUCUAGAGUGUGUGAUCCAGAAGGUGGACAGAUUGCUGCAGAGAGACCAGCUGCAGAGCGACAGCAGCUCUGAUGAUGUGUUCGCUCUGGCCAGCGAGGAGCCCAAAAACACCAAGAAAGGUAACAGUCCAGAGUUGGAAAAGAAAUCACCAGGUGAGUGGAGCGAGGCUCUGCACCCUCUGCUGGCCACGCUGAGCGACUGCACCUCACUGAUGAGCGACAAGGCCAAGAAGGCCAUGGUGUUCCUCCUGAUGCAGGACAGCGCCCCCACCAUCGCCAUGAGUCUGACACUGCAGUACCGUCGCGACGUCGUAUUCUGCCAGACAUUAACAGCUCUGAUCUGCGGCUUUGUCCUCAAGCUGAGGAACAGCCUCUGUGAUUCAGGCUUCCUCAGGCAGCUCCACACCAUCGGCCUCUUGGUGCAGUAUGAGAGCUUACUCAGCACCUAUGGUGAGGAGCUGGCUAUGCUGGAGGAUAUGAGUGUGGGGGUGAACGACCUGAGGAACGUCACCUUUAAAAUCACGCAAGCAAGCACAGCUUUCAGCCCCGACAUGCUGCCUGUGAUCACAGGAAACAGGAACGGCUUUAACGUCCGGGUACCGAUACCGGGCGCAAUAUUUGACACACUUCCACGGGAUAUCCAGAACGGGAUGCUGCUACGCGUGCAGCCGGUCCUCUUCAACGUGGGCAUCAACGAGCAACAAACGAUGGCUGAGAAGUUUGGAGACACAUCUUUACAGGAGGUGAUCAAUAUAGAGAGCACGGCACGUCUCAGCUUGUACUAUGACCACUUUAAAGAAGUUCUGCCAGAGGACUGUCUGCCUCGCUCUCGCAGCAACACCAGUCUGCCCGAUCUACUCAAACUGCUCAGCCAGAACGUCAACGCCAAGAAGAGCAAGAACGUGGAGAUUCUGUGGCAGGCGGCUGAGGCGUGCCGACGCUUGAACGGCGUGCGUUUCACCAGCUGCAAAAGCGCAAAGGACCGUACGGCCAUGUCCCUGACCCUGGAGCAGUGUCAAAUCCUACAGCAGGAGCAUUCCCUGGCCCCACAGGUUUUCUACCAGGCCUUGGACUGCAUGCGCAGUGAGGGUUGUAGACGAGAGAACACCAUGAAGAACGUGGGAUGUCGUAAAUAUGCCUUUAACUCGCUCCAGCUCAAGGCUUUUCCCAGACAGUAUCGCCCUCCAGAGGGCACGUACGGGAAAGUGGAAUCCUAACUGGAGCGAAAGAGGACUGAGAGCACCCCACAACACACACACACACACACACACAAAAAAAGCAACAACAAACAAAACAUCUACAAAGUGCAGCAGUUGUUGUGUUUAGUCACUGAUAAGGAGAUAUAUUUAUGUUCGAGUAUAACUAUAAGUUGUUUUAUAGUGGUUUUGCCUCUUAUCGGUUAUACUAGAACUGCCAAUGAGUCUAUCAUGUAUUUCUCUUUAUUGGCGAAAGGGCAGGAAAUGAGAGUCUGAAGCGAGUCAGCGACACGAAAUGUUACAAGUGCUGCUGUGUGUUAAUGUGCAACUAAGUACAAAUAUCCUCUUCAUUUCUUAACCCAUUUAGGACAUUACUCAACCCCUUAAAGAAUGUCCAAAAGUCAAAAUCGACAAAAAUCGAAAGGUGUGGGGGGGCCACGUUGAUAUUUUUCACCUUUUAAUUCAUUACACUCGGGCAUCUGUGGAGUUUGCAUGUUCUCCCCGUGCAUGCGUGGGUUUUCGCCGGGUACAUGUGGCUUCCUCCCACAUGCUAGGUUAAUUAAACAUGCUAGGUUAAUUGGUGACUCCAAAUUGUCCAUAGGUAUGAAUGUGAGUGUGAAUGGUUGUUUGUCUAUAUGUGCCCUGUGAUUGGCUGGCGACCAGUCCAGGGUGUACCCCUGGAAAAUGAAUGAAUGAAGAAUAAAACACCAGAUAUCAAGAGCAUGAUAACUCCUCUUUGUUUACUCUGACGACCUAAUCAAUAUAUUUUGCAAUCUAUAGCAAAAAUGCAACAAACACGGCAACAUUUGAAGGAAUUAAGACCCUUUGCGGGCCUGAUGUGGCGAUCCGCAACAGCACUUGGUUAUACAUUUGUAUGCUUAAUGAGAAGGUGAUUUUGUUAUUCCACACAGAAAGCUACAUAGGGUUGAGCAUUUCUUUAUGUUGCAACAUACAAAAGCCUUCUGAUUAAUGUGGGAUUAGCAUUAGCAUGUAUCUGUUUGAAUCAUAUACAGAAUGUUGCACUAAAAAAAAGGAAAAAUGUUUAUAACUGCAUGGGGAUUUUUUUGAAAUGUGGAAAGAAAAGUACGAAUGAGCGCUAAUAUAUAGUAUUCACAGCAUGUACAGUAUCUUGCUGUACAAUAUUUACAGACACUGCCAAUUUUAUUUUACAAAUGUUAUUUUGCUUACAGCUAUUUAUGUCUGUAUGUAUGUUAAUUAUUAAAGCUACUGUUAUUGCGUACGUUACAUAAACACAGGUGGAAAAGCGGUGUUCAUGAGAUGGAUGGGACCUAAAAUAAAACAUCAUCU